GCGGGUGGGGGCUUGUGUUUGCAUCGUUGCGAGGGUGGAUGCUGCCUCCAACCUGUAGUGAUCACUACAAUGUGGCGGCCGCCGACAUCUCAGCACAAAUAAGUCGCAGGUGAUUUGGUGCGUGGUCCUGGCCGCUGUCUUCCAUCCAUGAGCGAGGCGUGGGAGCGACUGCCAUGGACGACAAGGGCUCGGCAGGGAAGAUCAGCGUGUCCUCGGACUCGGUGUCCACUCUCAACAGUGAGGACUUUGUCCUGGUGUCCCGGCUGGGCGACGAGACGCCGUCGUCCGCCAACAACGGCAGCGACGACGAAAAGACAGGUCUGAAGGUGAUUUCAGAGGAAGGGGUCAGCUUUAAGAUCGUGGGCAAUGGAAGCGAGCAGCAACUCCAGCGGGAGUUGGAGGACGUCCUCCUGGAACCGCCGGUGGCCCCGGCGAGCGCGGGGGAUCAUCACACCACCACGGCCUCGCCCGUAGCGCCAGGCGCCGACCCGCUCAGCGCACCCUCCCCCAAGUUGGAAAUAGCGCUCCCCGUUCAGACGGCUCAGGAGAGCGAGCUGAACGAGCGCUCGUACAGAGGCGACGAGUCCUCGUCGGACGGCAGCCCGGGCAGUCCCAUCCCAGACGAGGACAGCGUGGUCUUCAGCCAGCUGACGUAUCUGGGCUGCGCCUCGGUCAACGCGCCCCGCAGCGAGGUGGAGGCCCUCCGCAUGAUGAGCAUCCUCAGGGGCCAGUGCCAGGUCCCCUUGGACGUCACGCUGUCUGUGCCCGGUGUGUCCGAAGGCACCGUCAGACUGUUGGACCCCCACAGCAGCACAGAGAUCGCCAACUACCCCAUCUACAAAAUCCUGUUCUGUGUGCGCGGCCACGACGGCACGGAGGAGAGCGACUGCUUCGCCUUCACCGAGAGCCACUACAACGCUGAGAUCUUCAGGAUACACGUCUUCCGCUGCCAAAUCCAAGAGGCGGUGAGCAGGAUACUGUACAGCUUCGCCACCGCCUUCCGCCGCUCAGCUAAGAAGGCGGCGCUGGCGGCGUCCCAUCAGGCCGCGCCGCUGACGCCGGACAGCGACUUGUUUACCUUCACCGUCAGCCUGGAGAUCAAGGAGGACGACGGCAAGGGCACCUUCAGCGCUGUGGCCAAGGACAAGGACAAGCAGAGCUUCAAGCUGCGUGCAGGCAUGGGCAAGAAAAUAGUCAUCUAUGUGCAGCAGACGUCCAACAAGGAGCUGGCCAUCGAGAGGUGUUUUGGUCUUCUGCUGAGCCCUGGCAAGAAUGUCAAGAACAGCGACAUGCAUCUCCUGGACCUGGAGUCCAUGGGAAAGAGCUCCGACGGGAAGUCUUACAUCAUCACGGGAAGUUGGAACCCCAGCACACCUCAGUUCCAGGCCGUCAACGAGGAGACGCCCAAAGAUAAAUCCAUGUUCAUGACCACGGCCGUGGACCUGGUCAUCACCGAGGUGGAGGAGCCGGUGCGUUUCCUCCUGGAGACCCGGGUCAGGGUCUGCUCCCCCAACGACCGCCUCUUCUGGCCCUUCGGCAAGCGGAGUCACACCGAGACCUUCUACCUGAAACUGCGGCAGAUGGAACGCAAAGAACGCAAAAGUCCCUCCUCCGACACGCUGUACGAGGUGCUGAGUUUGGAGAGCGAGACGGAGCGAGAGAAACGUAAGACCACUGCCUCUCCCGGCGUCCUUCCUGGUGGGCCCGAGUCUGUGGUUCCUUCUCCGCCCGAGGACGACGAAGAGGAAGAUAAUGACGAACCACUGCUGAGCGGUUCUGGUGACGUCUCCAAAGAGUGUGCAGAGAAUAUUCUGGAGACCUGGGGAGAUCUGUUGACCAAGUGGCACCUCAACCUGUCCGUGCGCCCCCGGCAGCUCCCUGCCCUGGUGCGCAGUGGCAUCCCCGAGGCGCUGCGCGGGGAGGUGUGGCAACUUCUGGCCGGCUGCCACAACAACGACCACCAGGUGGAGGAGUACCGCACGCUCAUCACCAAGGAAUCCCCGCAGGACAGCGCCAUCACUCGGGACAUCAACAGGACCUUCCCGGCUCAUGACUACUUCAAAGACACCGGAGGGGACGGACAGGACUCACUCUAUAAGAUCUGCAAGGCGUACUCGGUGUAUGACCAGGAGAUCGGUUACUGCCAGGGACAAUCCUUCUUGGCUGCGGUACUGCUGCUGCACAUGCCAGAGGAGCAGGCGUUCAGCGUGCUGGUGAAGAUCAUGUUCCAGUACGGCCUGAGGGACCUCUUCAAGCAGAACUUUGAGGACCUGCACUGCAAGUUCUUCCAGCUGGAGAGACUCAUGCAGGAACACUUACCCGACCUGUACGCCCACUUCCUCAACGUGGGCCUGGAGGCUCACAUGUACGCCUCCCAGUGGUUCCUCACCCUCUUCACCGCCAAGUUCCCGCUCUACAUGGUCUUCCACAUCAUCGACCUGCUGCUGUGCGAGGGCAUCAGUGUGAUCUUCAACGUGGCUCUGGCGCUCCUCAAGACAUCCAAAGACGACCUGAUCCAGGCCGACUUCGAGGGCGCCCUCAAGUUCUUCCGCGUGCCGGUUCCCAAAAGGUAUCGCUUUGAGGAGAACGCCAAGAAGCUGAUGGAGCUGGCCUGCAGCAUGAAGAUCAGCCAGAAGAAGCUGAAGAAGUUUGAGAAGGAGUACCACGCCAUGAUGGAGCAGCGGGAGCAGCAGGAGGCUCCCAUCGAGCGAUACGAGAGGGAGAACCGACGCCUGCAGGACGCCAACAUGCGUCUGGAGCAGGAGAACGACGACCUGGCGCACGAGUUGGUGAGCAGCAAGAUCGCCCUGCGCAAAGACCUGGACAAUGUGGAGGAGAAGGCAGACGCCCUGAACAAAGAACUGCUGCUGACCAAACAGAAGCUGGUGGACUCUGAAGAUGAGAAGAGACGACUGGAGGAAGAGUCAGCACAGUUGAAGGAGAUGUGCAGGAGAGAGCUGGACAAAUCAGAAUUAGAGAUCAAGAAGAACAGCUCCAUCAUUGGAGAGUACAAGCAGAUCUGCUCUCAGCUGAGUGAGCGUCUGGAGAAACAGCAAACAGCCAACAGAGGAGAGCUGGACAAAAUACGAGCCAAAGUGGAGUCGUGCGACAAAUGCAGCAACCUCUUCAACAAAGAAGGGCGUGUCAGGGCGGCGGCGGCGGCGGCGGCGGGGGAGGAGGAGGCGUCGGGAGGCGGGGAGGAGGCGGACGAGGAGAAGGAGGAGCUGAAGAAGCAGCUGAGGGAGAUGGAACUAGAACUGGCUCAGACCAAACUGCAGCUGGUGGAGGCCGAGUGCAAAAUCCAGGACCUGGAACACCACCUGGGUCUGGCCCUGGGCGAGGUCCAGGCGGCCAAGAAGACCUGGUUCAACCGCACCCUCAGCUCCAUCAAGACCGUCACGGGCAAGGACACCGCCUAGGCUGGCCCCGCCCACUUCCUCUUAAACUACUUACUGCUGAUAGGGGGAGGAGGAGCCUCACUGUAACCAUGGUAACACACACUCCCUUCCUUCCCUACUUCCUUCUUCCACUGGCACAAACUUUAGAGGAAAGAACUCUUUUAGGUACGAAAUAUCUGCUUUUUUUUGUUGUAAUAUAAAUAAUAUUCUUUUUUUUUUCAUGUAUAAUAUUUUUGGUUUCUAUGUACAGUUUGUUCAACAUCACCUGAAUAUGGCCACACACUAACCUAGUGUGUGUGUCCGUGUGUGUGUGUGUGUGUGUGUGUGUGUGUGUGUGCGUGCGUGCGUGUGUGUGUGUGUGUGUGUGUGUAAAAGAGAGACAGUGUUGUGUGUGUGUGUCUGUCCGUCUGUCUGUCUGUCUGUCUGUCUGUGUGUGUGUGUGUGUGUGUGUGUGUGUGUGUGUGUGUGUGUGUGUGUGUGUGUGUGUGUGUGUGUGUGUGUGUGUGUGUGUGUGUGUGUGUGUGAAAGAGAGACAGUGUUGUGUGUGUGUGUGUGUGUGUGUGUGUGUGUGAAAGAGAGACAGUGUUGUGUGUGUGUGUGUGUGUGUGUGUGUGUGCGUGAGAGAGAUGGUGUGUGCGCGUGUGUCUGUGCAUGUGUGUGUGCAUGUAAGUGUGUGUGUGUGCGUGUGUGUGUGUGCGUGCGUGUGUGUGUGUGUGUGUGUGUGUGUGUAAAAGAGAGACAGUGUUGUGUGUGUGUGUCUGUCCGUCUGUCUGUCUGUCUGUCUGUGUGUGUGUGUGUGUGUGUGUGUGUGUGUGUGUGUGUGUGUGUGUGAAAGAGAGACAGUGUUGUGUGUGUGUAUGUGUGUGUGUGUGUGUGUGUGAAAGAGAGACAGUGUUGUGUGUGUGUGUGUGAAACAGAGACAGUGUUGUGUGUGUGUGUGUGUGUGUGUGUGUGUGUGUGAGGGGGAGGGGUUUCAGGUCCAUAAAGAAAAAGCAUGUUGAGUGAAAGAUGGAGUUGAAGAAAAAACAAAGUGUGUCCGUUAAAGAGAGAGAGAGAGAGAGAGAGAAGUUAGUCAUGUGACACUGGCUUGUGUAUAUUAUAAAUACAUAGAAAUAUAAAUAAAUGAUUGUUUUUUUCUUUAUGGUUUUUCUACUCUGUAAGUUGACCUGCUGCUCUUCAAUAAUCCAUCAGAAUAAUAAUUAUUAUGAUAAUAAUAAUGUCUUUUUAACCUUA